GGGGCGCACCGCGGGGCGGGCUCUCCCGGGCAGGCCUAGGCGACGCCCUCUGGGUCCCUCUCGCAGAAACUGGCCCGUCCGCCAUGGCCGCGGGGAGCGCCCCGGGGUGGGCCGUGGGGGCCCUCGGCGUCGUCUGCCUGCUGCUCCUGUCUGAUUUCAUUAGCUGUGAUCCCCAAGUAAUCUAUGGCGCUGUGGGCAAUAAUGUAACUUUACAUGUAUUAAAAGAAAAACCCUUUAAGGAGAUCGUGUGGAAAAGAGGAAAGGAUAAAGUUGUGGAGUGGGAUGACAAAUCUGAUGUCAAAGCUUUUCUAUCUUUCAAAGAUAGAGUUCAUUUAGACACGGAUUCUGGUAACCUCACCAUCUUCCACUUAACAGCAUCAGACGAAGAUAUGUACAGCAUUGAAUCCCCAAGUGUGAGAAAUAAUAGCAUGUUCACCCUCAAAGUGAUUGAGCCUCUUAAGGAGCUGGUGUUAUCUUGCACAUUGAAUGGAGGGAACAUUACGAUGUCAUGCACGCUCAUGGAGGAUCCCGACAGACACGAGGACCUCGUACAGUACUCCUGGGACUGUCCUCCAACAAUACAGUGUCAGGGUGGCUCAGUAUCAUCCGAAGUGUACGUUUCGAGGGAAAGUGAUCUUUCACAGGAAGUGCAUUGUACCGUUAGCAAUCCGUUAUUCAAAAGAAUAGCAUCAGUCACUUUGUCAACCUGUGUCCCACAAGCACCUGUUGUUUGGUAACAGAAGAUGAAACAAAACGCACGGUAAUUAAGUGAUUUCAAAGGCCUUGAGAAGGGAUAGUAUUUACCAUUUGACUAUUACCUCAUCCUUAAGGAAACGUUGGAAGCCUAACCUGAAUGGACAUUUUAUAAGAAGCAAUGUUUUGUAGAAGAAACAGGACUAAUAAACAACAGGCAUUAGUUUCUCCUCUGUCACCAACACUGAAUAUCACCAGAUACUAUCAUGGCGCUGAGUUGUUUAUUAUAAGUUGUGUUUUUGGAGAAAUGUAAAUUGUAAAUAAUGUAAGUAUGUAUAUAUGUGACUAAGUGAUUCCCUUUUUUCUUGUUAGGGUAGAAAAACAAAAUGCGUCAGGAGGUGAAGAUUUACUGCAAUCUAUAAUCCACUUCUCUUUUGUUUUAAAGGAAAAACAGUUCAUUGAAGGGUCAGUAACAGUAGUUUAUCAUGUUAGUUGGCUGUCACGUUGGCAGGUAAACAGCAGAGAACUCUUAAAGCAACUAUAUUCCAAUAAAAGUUAAUUUAAAAAAAGAAAAUUAAACAUUUAAUUGUAUAUUUAGAGAAUUUGUUUCAGAAGCAUAAGUUUAUCAUUAGAAAAACACAUUUCUGUUGUAAAAUGUGCAUUAUUUGUAAAAUAUGAGAAUAUAAGUAACAAUUUCAUGUUUUUCCCAAAUGCCUAAAUUUUAAGAAACCACUAUAUGUACUAUUGUAUAUGUUUGAAAUAACUCUUCAAUAGUAAUUGCAAUGUCACCUCUCAAUAGAAAAUACUAACCUGAAAAAAUUCAUCUAUUUUUUUUCUUCUUUCCUAUCUAUAAUCAGUUUUAAGUGAGAAAUCAAUACCUUAAAGUGGCAAAAGAGCGAAAAGUUAUAAAAUACUUUGGGGGGUUAAAAUCUGUAUCCUGAUCAGUAAAUUUUAUGAUCAAAAGGAAAAAAAAGAAACUGUAAAGGUAUAUACAGAACAGCAGCCUCUCCUGGAUAAAGAGGUGACUUGCCCCAGCUCUCUCCUGGGCAGCCACUGUAGAAACCCGAGAUCCCAGAGUCAAUGUGCAAAGGCCUUCACUCCUGAGCCUGCACUCUCCCUGGAAUUCCCGUCACGUGAGAGUCUUCAGCCCAAAAGAGGAGAUGUUUCUUCCUUCCAAGGUGGGUGUUGGAAAAGGGGCCCAGUGACACAGCUCAAUCCUGCUCCCCACAGCUCUCAGCAGAGGGAGGCAGGGACCUGGGAGCCCUGCAGACUCGUGGAAGACUGCUCCUCCACCUCUAGGUGGCUUAGCUUCCUAACAAAGUGUGUCUUCAACUGAUCUCGUCAAAACCUUUAUUCCAGGCCCUUGCAGGGAGCCCAGGACUCUCAGAACAUCCUUUAUCUUCUGACUUUUAUCUCCACAUGCUGUCUCUGGCCCUUUCGGACCCCAUCCGUC